CGCCAGUUGUCGCUGGCUGUUGCUGGAGUGUCGAUCGCUUUUCUGUUCCACGGGUAAAGUGACGGUGGCUCGUAUGAAUAUAGCUGGCAGUCGAUCCGCGGAGGUGCUCUCAAAGUGGUGCGUUGGUCGCGUAUAGUAGAACUAGAACUAGUAGGCCAGUAUGAACCAGCAGAAGCUAGUUGAACGUUCGUCGACAGUGCAAUUCGCGAAAUGAGAGAUCAAACCGGCACGCCUCGACGUUAACCGGCCUCGUCGACUCGUAAAUAAAUCGAAAUAAAUGUGCUACGUAUCGAGAUCGAAGAAACGUCAACAGGGACAACGGCACCUCCUCUCAUCUUUGGACGAGGAUCAAACAUUUCCGUGGUCGAGAAUGGCAACCGCGAAAUGAGCGUGUCACCGACGAACGAGCAACCAAGCCUCGAGAUGGAGAAGACGCCGCUCGAGGACAACAGUCUGAAAGUUUCGCCAGUGCAGAAUGUGGCGAGGCAAGACUCUGGAGUUCCGGAGGACCUCGCCUCGCCAUUGGUCGAAGCCGAUAAGCCUCUGCACGAGGACGAUAUGGACUCGACGAUGAACAGCGACUGCAACAUCACCGUGAUCCACGUAACCGAAUCUUCCAAGGCAACUAAGCCAGAUUCAACUCUGAACAACGAGAGGAAGGAUUAUACGGGCGAAGGGAAGGACAGCAAAGACGGAAGCGACAGUGGAGUGGAGGGGUGCGCCACCGAGGUGCCAAGGGUACGAAGUCGAAAUAGCAUAGAUUACGCGAGCAGCUGCGGCGGCCUCGACGAGGCGUCCUGCGAUUCCAGUCUAGUCAGUUGUUGCUCCGUCUACGAGGACCCAUGCGCAACUUUGCCCGACGACGUGAGGCUGACCAACGGCGGAGAAGGUACCAGCGAAGGUGGUAGCGAAAGUUCGUCCAUAGCAGGCAGCGUUUCCGCCAGGGCAAAUCGAACGAACGCCAAGAGAACCAUAGCCGUGUCCAGCACUAGUAAAAAGAAAACCACUACGACCGAGACUCAAAAGAACACUAGGGUAAAGCCAGCGCCAUUAAGCACCAAUUAUUCGGCGACUCCAGCACGUUCCAAGCCACGUACCGCGACUCCAAGGGGCAUCCUGUGCAAAACACAGCCAACGACGAGGGACAGGGCCCGGUCCCGGGAGAAAUCUGCUGUCAGAGAGAAUAGUAAUGAUAGCACGACAAAUAACAGUCGAGUGACGACGACAUUCCGUUCAGGAUUGAAUUCGAUGCCGCCGCGAACGAGGACGAGGCCGAUUCCCGAUUCACUGCCAUCCGUGCUCACAACGGAAAUCAACAAGGACCUGGCACAGCGUGGCCGAGGUCAGAGCGGUAGCUGCAGAUCUAGAGGUGGGUCCAGCACGCGUGGUGCACGCACGCCAAGUUCAACGCCGUCCGAAGAGAUUCGAAAACCUCUGUCCACCCCUAGGGUACCUUACACAGGUCGCACCGAAGCUUCGAAAGCUUCCAGACCAGACAAGAUGACCACAAGUAUGGAUAACAAGGCGCUAGACACGUACGCCACGUUACCUAGAAGGAACAGGAAUAAAAUAAGUAUCGCUAAAGCCAGUGAAAAGACGGACAGGACCAUGAGAAGUAGAUCUGGAAGUAGAGACGCGAGCCUGAGUAGACAACAGAUCGAGAAGAAGACCACAGCCAAAGAUUCAUCGGGGCACAAGAGUCUGCCGCCAUAUCCUAGGCACAAGACCGUGGAGAAGACGCGUAUUUACCACGAGACCAGCGUGCAAACUGGUCUGACCGGUCACGAUAUUGAGAACGCUUUGUCCGGGGUGCCGAGCGCUGUUACUGGCCCGGAAGUGGUGGAGAGACUGCACGAACAAUGUCAAACGGAGGGCACGUGGGAGGAUAUGCACGCGAUGCAGACCGACUUGAAAAGGUUAAACGAAGAAACGUCGCAGCGAAAAGAGGAGAACGAGAAGUUAAAGGCUGAGAUCGUGGAAGUGAAGCGCCUUCUCGAAGAGGAGCAAGCGGAUCACGCGUUUGCCCGACAAGAAUUGGAUAGAAACGCGCAACGGGUACUGGCGAUGCUGGGCACCCCGCAAUCGGAACAUGCAGAAUGCAGCGAUAGCUUCCUAGAGCUGGAGUGUCAUUUGCAAUCUUCUGGUCAAGUAGUUGCUAAUCAGCAGUUGGAGAUAGCAGAUUUACAGUCUCUGUGCCGUAUGUUAAGUAGGGAUUUGGAGAAAAGCUUGGCUGCCCAGAAGGCAUUGUUACAACAGCAACAGGAGCUGGAGGCUGAGUCGGCAGAGAUGCAAGAUUUCCUCCAAGAAGAGAAAGCUACUUUGGCGGACGCUUUAAAGGAGGCGGAAACAGAGCUUGCGAAAAAGGAGGAACUGUUAACGAAACGCGAGUUGGAAUUAGAGAGGCAAACGGAGGAAUGCAAACAUUUAGUGCGAAUCAGCGAACAACGAAGACAAGAAAAUUUAUCUAUGAGCAUGAAAUUAAAUGCAGUCGAACGACGAAGCAGGGAACUCUUACUUACACAAGGCGCCGCCGUUUCCGGAGCUGCGGUUGCGCUUUCCGGUCUUGGAACUAGGCUAGAGGGAUUAGUAGACCAGCUGAUAACAUCUUAUAGUAUUUCAGUGAAAGACCUUGAAGAUGUGAUAUAUCACAAUGAAGCGUACAGUAGAAGCAAUAGUAGCAUCGAAUCGAGUCCUGUUAGCUCUAAGCAUAGCCUGAAAGAGUGUACACCUAGUCCAAAAAGCGGUUCCUUCGUUUCCGCGGUAAUUGGAGCAAUCCGGAACGCGGCGACGCAUCCUUUUGCAACGAAAAACACGGAUAAAAAAUCUACCUUAGAAUCAGCCAAACAAAUGUAUAAAGAAUUGAGCAUGGAGUCAUCGUCCGACUUACUCGAUUUCGAAACCGAGCCAUGUCUGAUGAUGGAAAGCGUGUUAGAGGAUGUUCCCCUGCCCGAUACAUACUCGCAUAACAUGGUAUCGAGUAGCGACUCUCUUCGCAGAGCUUUGAGUUUCCCGGAAACUGUGGACGAGAGUAAUCUGAAAAAGACGCGCACCAACGAGGAGUGUUCGAGUCUUACGAAUCUCACGCAAGCUAUUUUACAUCGUCGUAAGGUUGAAAACGAGGAAGACGAUGAUUGUGACUCUAUCAGUGAGUCGGACACCGGCACCAACGAAGGCCCAUUGGCUUCGGAUUAUUGUCCCGCUGUUGGUCUUGUUGAUCAAGUAAUCGAUGUAGAUAACCUCGUCACGAAAUUGUUAAAAGUAUUGCGAAUAAUACAGCUCGAUAACGACACGUGCAUUCAGGAGCUGAAAGAGGAGAAAUCCGAGUUAGAAACGAAAUUGGAGGUAACUGUAACGGAAUUAGAGGAAUUGCGUAAAAUCGUGGACAGCCUGCAUCAAUCGGACGAAAUUCUCAGCAACACUUCGGACAGAAGGCGCAGCGUGAUGGAGAACUGUCGCCUAUUGAUCAAAGAGGCGGGUAAGGAGGAAUUAAAAUUUGACGAGCCCGCAGUUGCUAAUAAUAGUGGAGGAGCUACGAACUGCGAAGAUCUCAACGCGAACGCAGCGGCUCAACCAUCUUCCUAAACACGUUUCCUCUUUCUCUUGUUUUCCUUCCCCCCCCCUUCUUUCCUUUUUGUUGUCGUCCUUUAUUUCUUACGACGUGUAUCGUUACUAAUUCCAUUGUUUGCAUAAUUGUCCGUUGUUGAUGCCAAAACGGGAGCUACGUAGGAAAAUCACCCUAAUGCGUAUCGUUUGGGGGAAUGAGAAUUGAGCUAAACUGGCGCUCGACGAUGUGUACAUGCAAACUUCUCUCGGCGAAUCACGUCGAGGAUGAUUAGCUAAUAUGGUAGUCCAUAAAGCAUAGGCAUUUUGCGUGUGUCGAAGUCGUGUACAGCUUUCUCCGUGCCGUCAUGUUAUGGGAGGUAUUCGUGCGUAUUGCUUUAGUAUAUUUUAUCGUUGAGAGACGUAUAAUCCGUGUAUAUAAUAACAGUAAAUCUGUUCUCAUAAUUUCGAAAUCGAUGUAGUCGAUAAUUCACGAUCCGAUAUCGUAGUCAUACGACCUCUGGCUUUCUUUCAGUCGGAGAUUAUAAUUUAAAUGUAAAUCCUUUUUAAUCAUUGUCGUUUUCGCGUAUAACAUGGUCGAAACAAUAGUUAGUUAUCUCGCGUUAGGAUUACUCGCGAUUAAUCGCUUUAAAAGAAAAGAACAAAAAAAUUAUGAAGCAUAGACAAAUUUGUUAAGGAUACUUAAUUGCGAUAACAAAUGAAUUUCCUUCUCGUGCCCACCGAAUUACAUUUUACCCUGCUAUUCAUGACAAACCAUUUUCUCAAGAGUAUUAAUUCCUAUAUACAUACUUAGAGAGGAAAGCAGAUAGGUUGUAAUGUACCUUAAAGCUCCGUUCAUUGAAGUUUACGACUCAUUUUAAUGUUGGAAACAAAAAUAAGGAACGAAUGUGUAAUCUUCAAACGUAAAAUGACAACAGGGUACAUUAGGUUUACGAUGCACUAUAUAGUGAGGAUUGGCGUAAUUAAUAUAUUGUCAAAUAUGAAUCAUUCGAAUGGAGAACGACACGCGAUAAUAUUAUUUGAUUCAUCAUUUGUCGAUAUUUAAAUAUCCUUGCUGUUCCAAACGUGAUUACAAACAUGGCCGGGAAUAUCUUUUGUUUGAACAUUUUCAUAAAAAAGAAAUGAAUAACGGAAACACGGAAAGAUAUAAAUAUUUGUCGCAAAUUAUUCCCGAGCACCGAAAUGACGAAGAAAACAAAGAAAAUACACACGUUACAUACAGAACUGCUUUCUAUUUUAAUGGUGAGAUAUAUUUGAAGAACAUAUUCUUGUACACGCUUCCAUAAGUCACAAUUAUUCAUGUAAGUUUCGUUUACGUAUUAUUUGUGUAAGUGUCGAAACCAUUGUAUAUAUACAUAUAUGUAAGUGAACAUCGUAUAACUUACGACUUUAUUCUAAUUGCGUUUCAAACGAUCGGUCCUUUUUUUUUAUAUAGGUUUCCCUUCGUUCUUUUCCUUUAAUAGUAGAAGUUACUUAUUGCAAAGAUCGUGUGAAAGUGAUUUUUUUCCUCCUCCGUCUUCUUUUUUACUUUUUUUUUUUUUUUUUUUUUAAUGAAAUAAACGAUUCCACCCAGAUGAUAUAUAUUCUGAAAAUUAUAGUCUUAAGCAUUUUUUAUACAAAGUAUUGUGAUGAUAUACCAAAAAAGAACUCAUAAAUAAUGUAUUUUAAUUUUUAAUCAAAUAAAUUUCGUUUCGAUAAGAA